CUUCUCUUUGAGCAAAGUCCUAUGGAAAGCUAAACGUGCAAUUUUGCAGUUUAAUAAUCAUGUGAAAUUUAAGGUCUAAAUCGUGAAAGUUUCUGCUAUUAAAGUCAACCUUAAAAUUUUGUUUGCGUGAUCUCUCUUGUUUUAUUAACAUUUGGUAGUUAUCUUUAAAAUGGACCAGGAAAUCAAGUUUGAUCACCUUUUUGAUCACCUACACACAGCAUCAGGACACGGAUCCUCUCAUGUAAAAGAUAAGUCCGAUCGUGCUACUUGUGAAAAAGUGCUGGACCCAAAAACAAGAUUGAUUAUAUUUAAAUUAUUAAACUCAAAAAUUUUCGAAAGUUUCAAUGGGUGUAUCUCUACUGGAAAAGAAGCAAAUGUUUACCAUGCCACUUGUUACAAUGGUAGUGAAAAAGCCAUUAAAGUUUUCAAAACAUCUAUUUUAGAUUUCGGAAAUAGAGAAAAAUACGUCUCUGGUGAAUUCAGAUUUCGUCAUGGAUAUUGUGGCUCCAACAGGAGAAAAAUGGUUGCUACUUGGGCAGAAAAAGAAAUGCGAAAUUUAACCAGACUAUAUCAUGCUGGAAUCAAUUGUCCCCAGCCAUUUAUAUUGAAAAGUAAUGUUAUUGUAAUGAGUUUUAUUGGAGAAAACGGUUUACCAGCUCCACUUCUUAAAGAUGCCCAUAUCGGUUCAACUGCUCGACAACUUUAUUUGGAUUGCAUCUUUAUAAUGCGAAAUAUUUUUAGGAAAUGUAAAUUAAUCCACGCAGAUUUGAGUGAAUUUAACCUCAUGGUUUUCUACAAAAAACUAGUUCUUAUUGAUGUUUCACAAGCUGUUGAAUCUAAUCAUCCCAUGGCUUUUGAAUUUCUUAGAAACGACAUUUCUAAUGUAAAUGCUUUUUUUAGAAAAAAAGGAGUUACAACUUUCACCAUUCGUGAAAUUUUUGAUUUUGUUAUCAAUCCUGAUCCUGAUAGUGAUGAUAUUGAAGAAAAUCUAAACCGCUCCUUAAAAACUAUUGAAAAUCUCACCACAGAUCAACUUGUGGAAAGAGAAAAAUCUGACGAAGUUUUCAAGGAAUCUUUUAUUCCACAAAGAUUAGAUCAAGUCUUUGACCCAGAAAGAGAUGUUUUUAAUCCAGAAGAAAAUGUAGAAGCUCAGCUAUACAAAGACAUUAAAAUAAAUAAACAUCAGGCUGACUCCGAUUCCGACUCUGAUUCUGACAUGGAUUCUGAAUCUGGAUCCAACUUAUCCUCCGAAAAUGAAAUGGACAAUAGGGAUUGUAAAAAGAUGAAAAAGGUUUCUCAAGCAAGACCUCGUGAUGAAUCACCUGCUAGUAGAAAGCUACGUAAACGAAUUGCAAAACUGGCUAAACAGGAGAAACGGGAAAAUAAAGUUCCUAAACACAUAAAAAAACAGAAAACAAAGAAAGGUACAAAGAAAAAAUGAUUAUGAAAACCAUGGAAUUAUAUCAAAUCAAGAAAUAUUGUUGGUACGAUAUGUUAAAUUGUUAAAAAUGAUUUACCAUAUAAUUUCACAUAAUACUAUUUUUCUUAAAAUCAUUGAAUUAUGUUGGUAAAAUUAAAUCAAAGAUUAAUGUAAUAAAAUAUGUAAAGGUUUAA